AAAAAAAUGUCAGUGAUCCAAUUGCUGCGUGUAAGAUCGUUGAGUGGGUCGGAUCCUUAAACCCAAGAAGAAGAAGAAGAAGAAGAAGAAGAAGCAUAUGACAAUGGUGAACAAAGCUUGGAAGGUAAUUCCAAGGCCGCUUCUCGAGACCAUCCUCAACAACCAUGUCCAGCGUCACCGUGUUUCUCAGCCGCUCAUUCUCCAUGGUCCUCGCGGCGUCGGCAAAACCACCCUGAUCCUCAAUCGUCUUAUAGGAGAAUGGAACAAAGGGCCUCAUCUCACGGGCUAUGUCGAUUUCGCACAGUCGGUGAAGGACCACCAUCCCGAUCACCACCAGUCAUUUCCAUGGGCGUCUUGGACUAACUGUGACCCGCCAUUGCUGUCCGAUUGCAAAAUCCAGCUCGAGAGUUGUCUCGAAUCUAUGAGCCAUAAGGCUAUCAAGCUCGGGACCAUAAGCUCGCACCAAAUUUUCGCCACCCUUAACAAAUGGCACGGUCUUAACGCCUCACUUCGCCGCAUACUCCAGGGAUUGAACUCUUCCGUUCCCAAUAAGGCCUCCAUCUCCGUUCUAUGGGAACGGGCGGUUUAUGCGCUUUCUGUUCGACAAAAUGCCGCUGAGAUUGAUGGGUUGCUCGAGUUGAAAGGGAAAGACAAGAGCUUGUCCGUGGAAGAGGCUUCAUAUUACCGGGAGGCCGUUGUAGCCUUGAGAUUGGCCAAGGAGGGGAUUGGGGUGAUUGGGGUGCAUCAUGGUUGGAAAGCCAAUUCCAUCGCCCAUAUGAAUCAAACCGGUGGAUUUUCCAGAACGUUAGCAAAUUCAUGCACUGACUGGCCGUUGUUGCUGCUCGAAUUGUUGUCACAAGCUGCGGAGAUUGGUUACUUCCAGCCUAAGCUGAUUAUAAACAACAUCGAAGUCCUAAAGAAUGGUAUUCGGACAGAUGAUUCAACAAUCUCUGCACCAAUGUAUCACGACAGCCUUGUAUGGAGAAUAAUCUCUUUAGGUGUGAAUGAGCGCUGUCUUCCCAUCGUAUUCGUGACUUCAGAUAGCUACUAUUCAUAUCAAGCCUUUGUCGACUUCGGGUUUCCAGACAUUUUCAUCUCUCGAGAGACAUUUGGAUGGACUCCUCAAGAAGCCAAAUUGCACAUGGUUCCCGAUUACUUCAGUGCUUCAGAGUGGACUGUGAUUGCUGAUGUUCUUGGGGCCAGUGCUCGGCAUCUGUUUGAGCUUUAUGCCCUCAAGCAAAGUAAUUAUUACCAAAGUUUGAUGGGGGAGAAGGCGGGCACAUUCGAAGAUAUUGUGGACGCGUAUUUAGCAUAUUUACAAGUUGCUGUGGUUGAUCCUGCCAUGGACAAAGCCUUAUUGCUGCUUCAAAGAUAUGAUGCUGACGCGCGGAAAGGAAGAAUUCCUGAAGAAAAAUUACGCUUUGGUGCUCCGUGGAGGCAUCCCCCACGUACUGAGGAUUCUACUUUAUGCUUGGAAUGGGCUAAAAUUCAACUGGUGGAUUUUGUCCAAGCUCUUGUCAAUACCGAAUUCGGGGUAAAUUAUCUUGCAGACUAUAGUCUUGAGAUCUUUGAAGAUCCUUCUGCAAUGGCAUUGGUGGAGGUCGGGAUAUUAUAUGGUCAGAGAGAUCCAUCCUUUUUCCGUCCUAUAUCCAAAGGCAUUCAGAGGUGUCUUGUGAGAUGGCUUGUCCAAGAGAAGAUGAAACUGAGUUAUCGGAGCUCAUUCAAAUAUCGGUGGCAUAGAAUCAUCCGUGGGCGUUACUACCGCCAUUUGAUGCUUGGCUACAAAACAUAAAACAGUCAGAACACACUCAGAAUGGUUAUCUGGCAGCAUUUCAAGGGAGGAACGACGUCAGGUUUCGCCGAGAAUUGCAGGUUAAAUUUCAGAAGCAGGCGGAUGAAUCAUCGUAUCUCUCGUGGCGUAUAUCCGAUAUGUUUAUUAUCUAACGAAUAAGAAACAGAGGAGAUCUGAUCGACAACUUCGUCUUGGAAGAUACAUGAGAGGGCAAAAGCUUCUGCAGAUGAAUGGUGAAUUAGGAGAGAGUGUAUGGAUAGGGCAGAGUACUUUGAAAGGAGAAAAAAACAGUGAUUUAUUAGUUAUGUUAUUUUCAUUUUUAUUUUUUGGAGAUGGGAACUCUUGUCUAUAUGAUUGAUUCAGGACAUUCUCUCGUUUUUUCCCCAUCAAAAAACGCAAUCAAAACGGGCCCCGUCUCAGAAAGCUUCAGAAACUCAUGGCUCUUCGGUCGGAAAUAGACAUCACGACCAACUUCAAAAAACGACACAGCGGUUCGAGGGCAUGGAGCAGAGGCAGCAGCAAAUGAUGUAUUGAGGAUCCAAUGGAAGCGGAGGCUAGAAUUCGGCUUCUCCUGAUGGACAGUUAGUGAAAUAUCAACCUCCAAUGCACGAGCAAGACCGAGAAGAAGCAAAAUGGAUGGGACAGAGCCAAACGUAUGGACAAGCUGACCGAACAGAUGGGUCUUCUCUUGCCUGAGAUCAAAGACCUACCGAGGCAAGAGCCAUGAUCCUUGGGUGUUUUGAGGUAAAAACACUGCUGCCCCUGGCACUUCAAUCCACUCUGAAGCAUGAUUUCAGACGCCUUUUCAUGACGAACCAUUCCCCUCUUGUUGGAAAGUUGCAUAAGAUUCUGAUGAAAAUGUUCGUCAAGGCUUGGUAAAAAAAUCAAAGCUUUCGCAGACGGGAAAAAGGAAAAAAGGACUAAACUUUCUCAAGCGAGGAUGAAGAAAAAGGACUGUCGUCGUCUUGGUCUGGCCGGAUGGUGUUCAGGGCACAGAGGGUUUCGGUUUUCCGGUGGCCAUUGCCGAUGAUGCCCUGAGAAUUGUUGGCAGAUAAAUGCUUGCUCUUCUUGACAAUCGUGGCGUAUAGAACUGAGUUGUGGAAUUACAUGAAGAGAUGCCAUGAGAAUCAAAAGUGGUCAUUUAGGUAGCUGAGCCAAUCCUGUGUUCUUUGCAGCCUCAUCUUGUUUAUGCAGAUACCCACCUGAUUCGAACACCAUAACAAUUCACGAGUAAUAAUAAGUAGAUGACAGUUCGGGUAGAAA